AUGCGUGUCAAGGCCAUCGUUCAGAUAUUCGCUGCCCUGGCGGUAGUGGCGUCUUCGUCUCCAAUUUCCACUUCAAGCCAUGUGGUACAUGAACGGCGAUCAAUGCCUCCGCCCAAAUGGUCUAAGGAUUCUCGGCUUCAUCCGAACUUUGUCUUUCCAAUAAGAAUAGGACUUUCGCAGCAAAAUCUCCACCGCGCCGAGGAGUUUAUCAAUCGAAUUUCGAAUCCACUAUCAACAGAUUAUGGCAAACAUUGGUCACCACACGAGGUUACUGAGAUGUUUGCCCCCAGCAGCGAGGCUACUAAUGAAGUGAGAGGAUGGCUGUCUGCUUCAGGAGUCGAGCUUAGUAGAGUCAAACUAUCUCAGUCGAAGAGUUGGUUGGAGUUCAAUGUGACGGCGCAGGAGGCAGAAAGGCUCCUUAGAACCGAGUACCAUUUGUACAGCCACGAAACUGGCGAUAGACAUAUUGCUUGCGAAGAAUACAGCAUACCCUCUCAUCUUACCAAGCACAUCGAUAUUAUAACGCCUGCCGUGGACUUUGAUAAGAGCAUUGGAACCCCUCGCCGAAUGCAGGAGCGCGAUCAACUACCAAAUUCGCUACACGCGCUCAACAAACGAGCCGUCGGCCAUGCGGUUCUUGGAUCUGCGGGUGAUACGUCAAAUCCCAAGCAUGGUCCAGCAAUUCUCAAUGCCUUGGUGUCGUUGGAUAAUUGUGAUGCUAUGGUUACCCCAGCAUGCUUGCAGGCACUCUAUGGGGCGCCGGUUGGGAGUAAAGCGGCGAACAACAACACUCUAGGAGUCGUAGAGUACACUCCUCAAGCGUUCCUCCAAACAGACUUGGACCUGUGGUUCGAACAAUUCUCGCCUCCCCAGGUCGGUCAAGGGCCCAUCACGCAUCUAAUUGAUGGAGCUAUCGUUCAGACACGGAACCAGAGUUUUGAUUUCAACGGCGAGUCGUCUCUAGACCUUCAAUAUGCUAUGGCUUUAGUCUACCCUCAGGCCGUGACGCUCUAUCAAGUCGGCGAUCUUGUCACUGGAGCCAGCUUCAACAAUUUCCUGGAUGCAAUCGAUGGAAGCUACUGCACCUUCCAAGGGGGGGACGCAAGCGACCCAAACGUCGAUGGGCAGUACCCAGACCCAGAUUGUGGCACUGUUGCUCCGACCAACGUCAUCUCGACCAGCUACUCAUUCAACGAAGCUGAUUUGACUCCAAGAUACGAGGAAAGACAAUGUCUAGAAUAUAUGAAGCUUGGUUUGCAGGGCGUUUCCAUCCUGUACUCCUCUGGCGAUUUCGGUGUAGCUGGGAAUGGUGAUCGGUGCAUCAAUCCUGCAGAUGGGACUUAUAAUGAUGGGAAGGGGGGAAUUUUUAACCCUACUUUCCCUGGAACCUGUCCUUGGAUCACAUCUGUUGGCGCCACCCAAAUUGCCAAUGGGUCCUCAGUCCGCGACCCUGAAAUCGCCUCACAGCGUGUCAUUUUCUCUGGCGGUGGGUUUUCGAACGUCUUCCCAAUGCCCACGUACCAGGAGAAAGCUCUCUCGACUUAUUUCUCCAAUAACAAAAUUCCAUACGGCGCCGAUCGCUAUAACAACUCGCAGGCCGUCCGUGGAUUUCCCGACGUCUCCGCGAAUGGCGUGAACUACGUGGUUGCCGUCAAUGGGGAGUUCUCACUUGCUUACGGCACCAGUGCCAGCGCACCGACCUUCGCAGCAUUUCUGAACAUGAUCAAUGAGGAGCGGAUUGCGGUGGGGAAAGGGCCAGUAGGAUUCGUCAAUCCAGUGCUCUAUGCGAAUCCCGAAGUUUUGACGGACAUUACACUUGGUGGGAAUCCGGGAUGUGGCACACCUGGGUUUAAUAGCACUGUUGGCUGGGAUCCAGUGACGGGGCUGGGAACACCUAAUUAUCCUGCUAUGUUGCAGCUUUUUAUGGGCUUGCCUUGA